UAAAAAAGUUGGGUUGGGGGAAGUGUGAAGGGCGGAGAUGGUGAUGGCGUGGAAAUGGAUCGUGCGAAGGACCCGCGAAUCAAAGCCCUUCUUCCUUGCAUUCGCCACCAUAUGCGGCGUCGUUCCGGGCGCCAUAGGCUAUGGCGUCAUGCAACUCACUAACACCCGCAACGAGAAGCUCGAGUCACAUCUUCGCACAAAUGCCCGUCCCGAAUCAUUGAUGAUGGGGCAAGUCAAUAAAGAGAGGCUGGCAGAGUACCUAGGAGAGCUACAGCGGAAGGAGGAUACCAAUGAUCGCUAUGUUGCUGCUCUAAGAGGAGAGACUUUAACCAGAAAACCUUAUGUGAGAAUCCAACCGAUUCCAGAGCACAUUGACACCAAGGCAAACAAGGAGCAGAAAAAUUGAAUAAGUUGCAGAUCUCCGGUUAUUGUGAAUAUAUGUUUCUCUAAGUCCACUAUGAACUUGCUGGAUGCGUUUAAUCCUGUUUUACUGCUGGAUGCGUUUAUUUAAGCAUUAAACUCUUUUUGGUUAGGAGGAAACUGAUGUCCAUGAUUCUGUCCAGACAAGACUACACUAGUUAUACUCUUAUUAUUUGAUUUAUCCAAAUUCUUCAUAGACAUCUAGUAUUUGUCCUAAACAUUUUGUCUAUCCUUUUCUCUUUUGGAAUAUAAACAUUUUCCAGACUUUGGUAUGCUUUUACCCUAAA